CCGGUUUUCAGAUUCUUUGCAAUGGACCCAAGCAAAACCCCAGCGGCACCUCCUCCACCUGGUGUGACGCCCAACUUUACCAAUCCAUCGGGCUCCGAGUACGAGAUUUACUCCAUUAGUAUCGCCUUGUGUGCAACGGCGAGUCUUGUCUUGCUUGCCCGCUUAUAUACUCGGGCCUAUGUUCUGCGUGUCUUUGGUCUGGAUGAUGAUAUCAAAAAUGGCUACGGUGUACACAUCUGGGACCUGCAUCUGGACAAUCUCACCCCAUUCAAGAAGUACGACAUUGCAGAAGAAGAUGUCUACGCUCUAGGCGUCUGGUUCGUCAAGACCUCUAUCCUACUUUUCUACCUCCGACUCAGCCCCGACAAGCGCUUCCGGCAGAUGACCUACGCCAUCAUGAUCUUCGUCGCUGUAUACAGUCUCCUCAGUAUUCUCCUUUUCACCUUGGGAUGUAAACCUGUCGCUGCGACGUGGGAUGUCUCCCUUAUGAGCGAGGCCAAGUGUAUCGACCAGAUGGCGUUCGUCUACGCCAAUGCUGCAUUCAAUAUAUUCUCCGAUGUUAUCACCUUGAUCCUACCGAUCAAGCUAUGUUGGACUUUGCAGACGAGCUUGAAGCAGAAAUUCCUGCUACUGGUUGUAUUGACUAUGGGUUCCUUUGCCUGCGUCGUUGCCAUAAUCCGAAUCGUGACCAUGAUGCCCUUCAUCCACAGCAACGACUUUACAUGGUUCAAGGUGACAAUUGCAAAAUGGUGUAUGGUCGAAAUAAACGUUGGUAUAAUCUGCGCGUGCCUUCCAAUCCUGCGACCCAUCAUAGUUCAGACCUUCCCACGUCUCUUCAGCAGCUACCACCACGGUGGCAAUAAUUACACUCCUGCUAGCGACGACAGCUAUGGACUGGACUCGUCCAGUAAGAAAAGGAGAGUCAUUUCUUGGAACCAUCUGACCACGAUUGGGAACACUCAAUUAACGACUACCAACCGUGGGGGGGACUGUGAUUCGGAAAGUGUUCAGGCGAUUGUUAUGAAUAACAAAAAUGAACAUGAAGCUGAACAGCAAGGUUCUUGCUGA